AUCGUUUAGAGGAUUUUGAAAAAAAAAAAAAAAAAAGAACUUGUUUCGGAUUACCAAAUUGUGAAAAAUAUAAAUUGAAGCUGUUUAAUUAGAGGGAUGCAGACACAAAGAAGGUGACUGUUCGAUUGGUUUGAUCGAUUCUCGAAGGAACUCAUGAAAAACCUACUCCUUGUGUGGUCCAAUCAGUGCGAACAAUUGAUUUGCAAAUAUUACUGUGUUAUCUAUCUAUGUGAUCACUUUUUUUUACAAUGUAAACCAAUGACGCGUCGAAUUCUGAGCGUCAGACUCGUUGACUCUCAAAAGUUUAGAGUGUAACGAUGGAUCAAAGCCAAGGAAAAAGUGAAGGUCUUAGUGCGAAACGAUAGUUCUUUUUUUUUUUUUUUUUUUUAAACGGGGGUGAUUUCCUUCCAUUUUGGUCCCAGAAUGGAGAGGAGAAGAAUGCCAAGGAGAAGAGGCCUUUCCUCCGCGGAAAUUCGACAAGAAUUAUCAGUAAAUGCGUCCACACAACAAUCGGAAGUAAUAGCGAGGUUACUGCCUAUCAAUGGGAACCCCGAGAUCACAGGAUGCAAAGAUCGACCUCAUAUUUGUGGAAAAGAAGCGGCAUGUCGUAGCUUUAAAGACAACACAUCCAAAUGCGUCUGUCCGCACGAUCUAUCCCCACCAACAACGGAUUUGAAAUGUCCAAAUCGUCUAAUAGUUCCCCUAACACCUCGACCUAUACCCAACAUAAUCCCUCCAAAUGGUAACUCUACCAACAGUACGACUGCUCUUCCAGAAGCAGAACAGUAUUUUCAUACUGUUCAACAGGCAGAGCGUGUGAGACAAAAGGUACCUGAAAUAAUAGGAAUCACCAUAGCAUUCGUCGCGGUAUUAGCAAUAUUGUUGAGUAUAGUCUACUGCGUGAAGAAAAGAAGUUAUAACGUGAAAUCACAGAGGAAUUCUCUGGAUGGAACACCGAUGAAUCUGAAAAAGGGAUUGCUGCUAGCGAAUAAGUACACACCUAACCCACAGUAUUUCAGUUGCGCCUCGCCGGAAGUGUCGAUUCUGCAACGUGAGUCUCUUGCAUUUUUGCAAGAAAUCGGCGAGGGCUGUUUUGGAAAAGUAUAUAAAGGAGAAUUAUGUAUUGGAGAUUCGAAAGAGAUCGUCGCUAUAAAAGUUUUGAAAGAGACUGCACCGCGAGAAGCUGAAGAAGAUUUUAUGCGAGAAGUCGACAUCAUGUCCACUUUUGGGCAUAGAAAUAUUUUGUCGUUGAAAGGUGCAGUGCUCCGUGAAGGUAAUAGUAGUCCAUGGAUGGUUUUCGAAUACAUGCCGUAUGGAGAUCUCGCUGAAGUUUUACGAUCGAACUCUCGACAAUUUAAUAGAUCGCCGAAACCUGAGAUGCAACCUUUAACUGAGGAGUCUUUACAUUGGAUAACAAUCCAAAUUGCAGCUGGUAUGACGUAUUUAUCGGGUCAAAGAUUCGUUCAUAGAGAUUUGGCAUGCAGAAAUUGUCUAGUUGGUUAUGAUUUCAUUGUUAAAAUAGCAGAUUUUGGAAUGUCACGAGAUGUUUAUACUUGCGAUUACUAUAAGAUAAAAGGUUCUAGACUUUUACCAAUCCGUUGGAUGUCACCGGAAAGUGUAAUGUACGGACGAUUCACAUUGGAAAGUGACGUAUGGAGUUUUGGCGUUGUUCUAUGGGAAGUCUAUUCCUUUGGCAAACAACCAUAUUACGGACAUAAUAAUGAAGAAGUAGUGAAGCUAAUUUUUCAAGGCAUAAUGCUUAUACCUCCAGAAGGAUGUCCACCAUUUGUCUGCCAAAUAAUGCGAGAAUGUUGGAAAACUGAUCCUAAGGAUAGAAUUAAAUUUCCGGAGAUAUUAGAAAAAUUGGAGAAAGUUAAAGUUAAGUCAAUUCAAGAUACGUUACCAAGACCACCUCAAGGUCCAGUCACUAUUCGUACACCAGACGUAUUAGAUCCUGAUGGCUAUUUAUUACCAGCACCGGCAAAACCCCACGAAUAUUUGCAAACUUUACCAUCUUUGUCCGAUUGAUAUU